AUGCCUCCCCCGGCACGCCGGCAUCUCGCCGGCGAUCCCAACUCGGCGCCGACCACCUCCCAUUCCGGCAUGGUUAAGCUGCUCGCCGACAUCCUCCACCACGCCCCGCCCUCCACCUGGCCAUCCGCCAUCGCCGCCCCGCUGCUCCGCGGCCGCCUGGCCGCCGCCCACGUCUCCUCCCUCCUCCUCCUCCCGGCCUCGCUGUCUCGCCCCGAUCUCUCCCGCCGCUUCCUCCUCCUGCUGCCGCCCCACCUCGUCUCCCCGGUGUCCCUGUCUCUCCUCGCCCUCUCCUUCCUGUCGUCCUCGCCGUCCUCCUCCUCCUCGUCGUCCUCCCCGCACGCGGCCUCCCUGCUCCUCUCCCUUGCGUCCUCCACCCCGUCUGCUUCCUCCUCAUUCUCGUCUCUCUCCCACGCUUCCUCCCUCUCGUCGUUCCCGCCAGGCGCCACCGCCACCGCCGCCUCGCUGCUCGCCUCAUCGUACCUCCGCCUCCGCAGCGCCCGUGACGCCGCCGCCGUUAUUGACCUCUCCCUCUCAUCCGGCAUCACUGUCAACCAAUAUACCGCUUCUCACAUAUUGUUCUCUCUUGUGAAGAUUCGGCAGUUCGCUAUUGCCCGGCACCUGUUUGAUAAAAUGGUCCACUCUGGUGUUUGUCUGGAUGAGUAUGUUUACACGGCAGGGAUUCGAUCUUAUUGUGAAUCCCGGAAUUUGGAUGGUGCGAGAGGGUUGGUGGCAAGGAUGGAAAGUGAGGGGGUCAAGGCCAGCGCCGUGCCUUACAAUGUAUUGAUGUAUGGUUUGUGCAAGAAUCUGCGAGUUCAGGAGGCUGUGGAGGUGAAGAAUGACAUGGUGAAAAGAGGAGUGACAGCUGAUGAAGUGACAUACCGGACUCUGGUGUAUGGUUUUUGUCGGACAGAAGAGUUGGAAAUGGCAUUGAGGAUGACACAAGACAUGAUCACACUUGGUUUUUUGCCAUCAGAGGCUAAUUGUUCAUUUAUGAUUGAUGAGUUACGCAAGAGGGAGCUAGUCGAGGAGGCUUUCAGAUUAGCUUGUCAGUUAGGUGAUCUGGGCAUGGUACCAAAUGUGUUUGCAUAUAAUGCAUUGAUUGAUAAACUGUGCAAGAAUGGAAGGUUUGAUGAUGCAGAUAGUCUAUUCACAGAGAUGGCGGACAGGGGCCUGGAGCCAAACGAGGUGACUUAUGCUAUAUUGAUACAUUCCCUGUGCAAGAGAGGGAUGUUGGAGGAUGCAACCUGUUUGUUUGAUAGGAUGAGGGAGAAGGGAAUCAGAGCAACAGUUUAUCCAUACAAUUCCUUAAUUAAUGGUUAUUGUAAACAGGAUACUUUGGAUCAGGCAAGGAGAAUUUUGAGCGAUAUGGUUAAGGAGGGAUUGACACCAAAUGCAGCAUCAUAUUGCCCCCUAAUAGCUGGUUUAUGUAGGAAUGGAAAUCUGUCCAGCGCCAUGGAACUCCAUAGGGAGAUGGCUGAGAGGGGCAUUGCAUGGAAUAAUUAUACUUUCACAGCACUUAUCAAUGGUUUCUGCAAAGAUAAAAAGAUGGAUGAAGCUGCUAGGUUAUUUGAUAAGAUGAUUGGCAGCAACAUAAUACCAAGUGAUGUGACAUUUAAUGUUAUGAUAGAAGGGUAUUGCCUUGUUGGCAAUAUGAAAAAGGCAUUCCAGUUAUAUGAUCAAAUGGUGGAAACAGGGUUCAGACCUGAUAAUUACACUUAUAGGUCAUUAAUUAGUGGGCUGUGCUUGACCAGUGGAGCAUCUAAAGCAAAUGAAUUUGUUGCUGAUCUAGAAAAAGGCUAUGCCGUGCUCAACAACUUUAGCAUGACUGCGCUUCUGUAUGGAUUCUCUAGAGAAGGAAGGUUUACUGAAACAUACCAUCUUUGGGAUGAGAUGGCAGCACGUGGCGUCAAGCCUGAUAUUGUCAGCUCUACGAUAAUUGUAUAUACUGCUCUUAAACAGCAUGAUAAGGAAAAAUCAUGUGUCCUAUUUAGGGAGAUGAAAGAAAAAGGUGUCAAGCCAGAUGAUGUAUUCUAUACAUGCAUGAUUGAUGCACACUCAAAGGAAGGAGAUAUGAUCCAAGCUUUAAACUGCUGGGAUCAGAUGGUUGAUGAUGGUUGCUCCCCAAACACUGUAACAUAUACAGUUUUAAUAAAUAAUCUCUGCAAGUCAGGGUAUUUGGGCAGUGCAGAGCUCCUUUGUAAAGAGAUGUUAGGUGGGACAUUUCUUCCUAACAAAUUUACUUAUAAUUGUUUUCUGGAUUAUUUUGCAACUGAAGGGGACAUGGAAAGGGCUAAAGAUCUCCAUUCAACCAUGCUUCAAGGCCGUCUAGUUAGCAUAGUGGCAUUUAACAUACUGAUCAAGGGACUUUGUAAGUCUGGAAAAAUCCAAGAGGCAAUUGACCUUAUGAGUAAGAUCACUGAAUAUGGUUUCUUUCCAGAUUGUAUCAGCUAUUCUACAAUAAUACAUGGGCUCGGUAAGAGGGGUAACAUAAAUAAAGCAUUUGAGCUUUGGAACGAAAUGUUGUACAAGGGAAUAAAACCUGACGUUGUAGCAUACAACAUUGUGAUUCGGUGGUGCAAUGUUCAUGGUGAACCUGGUAAGGCUUUGAGCAUAUACAAAAACAUGAUUAGAUGUGGGGUGCAGUCAAACUGGGAUACAUAUAGAGCUCUUCUUAUAGGAGCUUCUCUGAUGGUCAGCAAUGGGCAGGCAUUGUUGCUGACCACCUGAUUCCUAGGAAGUGUGUUUUCAGUUCUCAUCUAAUGGCAUAUGCUGCUACCAUUUAUCAAGGACAGGAUCCAUCAAUAGUUCCUUGAGCCAUUACCAUAUUAUGUGCCAUGACUUCAGUUGCUUCAGAGAGAUCAUGCAGUACACGCAAAUUCCGCAUUUGAUGUCAUGGAUUCUACACACAACAAUGACAGAACAUGCAGAAAGAUAACACCCUUUGCGUGCUUAGAGAUGUCCUUGAGCACUGAAGAGUAUAUACAAUGCAGAGAAGCAUAGUAGAAGACAAAUUAUGAUCAAGCCAUUGUCGUCAAGCGGUCAAAGAUUAGCAAGUUCCUAGUAUGUAUCGCACUGUCUUCUUUCAGCGAUACAUAGGGAAAUGUGAGUUUGUUGAUGAGGCUGGUAAGAUAGCCCUUGAUUUUAAUGGUAGACUGAACAAAUAGGCAAUUAUCAGGCUUCUUUAGUUCGUUUUGAUGCUGGAUUCAAAAAAAUCGAGUCCUGGACCGCGAGGACUUCCCCCACACCAGUCUGGCUACAUCCUAAAUCGGCCGCACUACCUCUGCCAGUAGCGUGGAUCAUGAAAGAGGCAGGGAGAAAGAAUGUGAAAGGCAAUGUUCUGCGAUUCUUCUACGAGGGAGAUUUAUCUCGGAUGAUACCAGUAUCAGUGCAUUAGAAUUGUAUAGGGUGGAUGCUCUCCAAGCAGCAGCGUAGAAGAUGAAGAUGUGGCUAUGAUUUGCAUUUAAGCUGCUGCAUUGUUACACGACGGAGAGUAUCAGAUGCUGCUUGUUUUCAUAAGAGCAGGUACAAAGCCAACUAUAAAAAUAUUUUAAAGAGAUAAGAGAGAGAAGAGAAGUGGACUACUAAUUUGUAACCAGCUACAGCACAUGUUUCAAGAUACAGUGUGGGUAUGACAUGUGGAACCAUGUAUUGAUGCUUUAGAGGUAACUUUAGCUAUUAGAUUGACUAUGGAUGAA